ACAUAGACGCCAUGCCUACAGGCUUCGUGUGCCAACUUCAUUAUCAGGGAGGUGGCUCUUUGCUGUGCCAGACUUCGACGGGAGAUUCGUGGCAGUUGCCUUUUGCUCACGCCCCGCCACAUGUGCGGAUUGGCCACGCCGUGUCGUUUUCACUGGCUGCGGAUCGGGCAGGUCUGGCUGUUGAUCUGGAGGUAAUCCAAGAGAAAACUGCGAAACCUUCAGCACAUGCAGAGAAGGGACUGCGAAGUAUCCAGGAGAAAGCAGCAAAGCCUGCCUCCUCCUUUGCAAAGCAACCUACCAGGAAGCUGCAACGAAGCAUCGCCAGAUUUUACAACGCAGAUUUGGAAGAAAGGCUUCAGAUGAUUGAAGCUGCGGAAAGUUUUCUCAGUGACUUGCUGAAUGCGGUCGAGUUGGAUGGUGAUGCCAUCUGCAAGUUGCUGUGUCGCUCUGCCGGAUGGCUUCAUGCACCCGGCUCCUUCGAAGCGAAGCACGUUGCUGCUACUGAGGUGGCUGAAGUUUCCCAGCCAAGCGGACCUAGCGACUUGCAGCGCCGGGUGAGAGGUUUGUUAAUCUCGGCUUUGAAUUCCUUAGAUUUGCGUGACAUCACAACCUACCAGGCAGUUGACACAGCCGUGCUACACAUUCUUCAACUGAUGCAGGGAAAGGAAACCUUGUUUUGUGUGAGUGGUAAGUUCAAUUUCGACUUUGCCCUUUGGUUGAACCUUCCGCGACCACAACAGGUCAUUAUGAGUUUCGUAUGCCAACUUCAUUAUCACGGAGGUGGCUCUUUGCUGUGCCAGACUUCGACGGGAGAUUCGUGGCAGUUGCCUUUUGCUCACGCCCCGCCACACGUGCGCAUUGGCCACACUGUGUCGUUUUCACUGGCUGGGGAUGGGACAGAUCUUGCGGUGGAUCUGGAGGUAAUCAAGGAGAAAGCUGCAAUAUCUUCAGCAACUGUAGAGGUGGGAUUGCGAAGUAUCCAGGAGAAAGCAGCAAAGCCUGCCUCCUCCUUUGCAAAACAACCUACCAGGAAGCUGCAACGAAGUAUCGCCAGAUUUCACAAUGCAGAUUUGGAAGAAAGGCUUCAAAUGAUUGAAGCUGCGGAAAGUUUGCUCAGUGACUUGUUGAAUGCGGUCGAGUUGGAUGGUGAUGCCAUCUGCAAGUUGCUGUGCCGCUGUGCAGGAUGGCUUCAUGCACCAGGCUCCUUCGAAGCGAAGCACGUCGCCGCCAGGGAGGUUGCUGUGAUCGAGACUGCCACAGUUUCUCAGCCUAGCGGGCCCAGCGACUUGCAGCGCCUGGUGAGAUGUUUGUUAAUCUCGGCUUUGGGUUCGUUGGAUUUGAGCGAUAUCACAACCUACCAGGCAGUUGAAACAGCCGUGGUUUACAUUCUUCAACUGAUGCAGGGCAAGGAUAUCUUCUUCUCUGGGAACGGCAAGUCGCUUGCAAUGAGACAAUGGCGGCAACUUCGAGAGUUGUUGGUUUCAGAAACUGCACCAAGUGGCCCAGCAAAACGGAAAGCAUCAAUUGAAGCACCUGCAGUCCUCCAAGACAAGGCUGCUAGACGGGUGUCAAGAGAUAGGUCCGCAGCCAUUGACGGCGUAUAUCGCCCCAAUGAACGCGUCAGGUCACUUGCCUGGACAACUUUGAACAGUUGGAUUUUUGUGACCACAAAUGUAGAAGGUCGCUGUGCAAAGAAUGCGGCGGGCGUGAAAUUUGCCCUCACAACCGCCAACGGAAAUUAUGCAAGGAGUGCGGUGGGAGUAGCAUUUGCCUCCACAAUCGCCAAAGAUCGUUGUGCAAAGAUUGUGGUGGCCGUGGCAUUUGCCCGCACAAUCGCCAGCGGUCUUUUUGCAGGGAGUGUGGUGGCAGCAGCAUUUGCCCUCACAAUCGCCAACGGUCGUAUUGCAAGGAGUGCGGCGGCAGUGGUAUUUGCCCUCACGAUCGCCGACGGACAUAGCUGCAAUCCGGUGGAAGAUUGGCUGAAGGAAGGCUCCAUGAACAUGAACCGUCAUAGUGACUUUGCCGAUCUUCAGGCAGUGUUGAUCUUCAGCGCUGCUGAUGAAGUGCUCCUGACCUUCGUACUGAAUCCGGUGCUUGGGGAAUUUCCACGUGGCUGGCGUCAAGUGGGUCAUGUUGUCGUCGAAUAUUUCUUGUUCGUUUGCUGGUUACUUGCGGCUGAAGUGAUGAUUGCCUGCUUCGCACGUGCCUUGUGCGCCGGGGACCGCCCGGAGGGUCAGAAGCAGUGGGUGAUCCACGACACGCUGCGUGGAGACCACGGCAACCCCGUGGCGGAGUCCUCCAUCGUCUUUCGGCACACGCGCGAGAAGAGCGUGGCCAAGAUCGGGCAGUUGGAGGUUUUCGUGACGGUGGAGGACCUUGAACGACAAGCCUCGGAGCGGCGGACCAAGUGUUGGUCCAUGCUCUUUGCGCAUAUGGCAGGUUUUGCCAUGAUUUCUGCCGGUGGUGACCUUCAGCACAGUGAGUUUUUUCGAGAAAACUGGAUCUUCAGUUUGCUAUCUGUGGUCCUCAACGUGCUCUUUCUGCUGCUGAUCUUCUGGAUCUCGGCGCGCUUGCGGCCGCGCGGCGACGAGAGUGAUGCGGACUCGGAGGAAGCGGCACCGGUCGACCUGUGGAACAACCAUGCCAUUGAAGCAGAGGACGAACUCUUCUGCUUGGCCAUCUCCUUCUUGCUGGUGCAGGCUCUACGCUUCCAGGUCACAGGGAUCUUACCCACCAAGGCUGGUCUCGAACCUGGAGAGAACUUCGGAGCACGAGAGAUCUGGACCGUCUAUGGGGAAGCUGUGCUCUUCGCCGUCGCCACUGUGGCCGUGGUCCUGUCCGGCCGGACGGGACGUUUGGCGGAUCUACUGCGAGGUACAUUGUCCAUGUCUUUCGCUUGGUGUUUGCUCUUCGCCUCCCGGUGGAUGUUUGAGUCAUGGCCACUGCUGGUGCGCUUGCGCAUUUCGCCUUUCAGCAUUGAAGGUCGUUUGAUUCUGUCCCUGUUCCUCUCGGCCUUUGCAUGUUCAGUGAUCAUCGUGCUCGAUCAGAUCGAGGAUGCGGCCACGGGAGACGAUCGACGUGUGACGCAUAAAAUUGUCAAAAACAUCGUGACAGGUCUUAGCAUUCUGGUGGGAUUUACCUGGGAGACCACCAUGGAUGGAUGCACAGAAGCUGUGGUCUCCAUCACCCACGGCCAUGAAAGACGUCGACUUGUCUCUAAGUUGAUUGGUUGUUUCAUCAUCUUACUGGUGGUUCUACCUGCAUGGCGGAGGUACAUCCUUCAUACCGUUUUUAAACUGAUGAAGUACAAAAAGGAUCAGCGUGCAGCCUGGAAGCUGGCCGAGAAACUGCAAAAACUGGAUCCAAAGAGCCAGGACGUUCAUGGUUUCGAAUCGGACAGCAGCACUGAAUCGGUAGCCGAACCGGAACUCACCUGCUGA